ACGGGAGAGGGUGGGAGAGGGCCGGGACGCGCGCGGUAUAAAAGCGAGAGGGACCGCGGCGUAACUUCAGCACGGCGCUUCAAGUUAAGAGCCCGGCCGCCCCCCCGCCCCCCCCGUCGAAGGAGCGGCGCCGCUCGGUCCGCCCGUCGCCUCCCUCCCCGCCGAGAGGAAGAUGAGGGUCCUGCUGCCGCUGGCGGCGCUGCUCGCCUGCAGCGCCCUCCCGGCCGGCGGGAAGCUCCCGCAGUUCCCGCACACCUUCGCGCCGGCGCUCGAGGGAAGCACCGUGGCCAACUUGUCCGCUCACGGCUGCUCCACGGCUGCGACGGACCGGUGCUGCCUGCUUCGCGCCUGCUGCUACGCCAGGCUGGCCGCGCGCCGGUGCGACGUCCCCAGGGCCCAGCAUGCCGUCGCCCGGGCCGGGGCCGCAGCUUGCCGCUCCCGGAGCUGGUGCGAGCGGGGCGCCUGCAGGUGCGAGAGGGUGGCCUGGCGGUGCCGGCUGCGCAGGCGGGUGCCGGCGCGGCCCCGCGCCUUCCGCUGCAGCAAGUGCAAGGCAGGAGUCCGGUGCUACUGAGGGCAAGCGCCUUUGCACCUGGCCGCAGGAGCGUUUCCCAGCUUCAGCGAUCCUGCGCCUGGGUUUGUGGUUUUUUUCUUUUCUUUUUUUUUUUUUUGUGCUUCCGUGCAAGGACAACAAGCUGCGGCGUUGCACGCUGGAUCCAAAGAGGGCCCGUUUGGAGGGGGAGAGCGACGCAGCUGCAGCGCUUCCACGGGGACGAAGGAGGGAGCGGCGGGUGGCUGCACCGCGCCGGCGGCCGGGCCGGGGUGGAAAGCAGCGGGAGGCUCCCGGUUCACUUCCCUUUCCCUCUGGCUCCAGUUCCCGAACGCAAACCGCAACACAAGCGCCUUUCGCUUUAGCUUCGUCGCGGAUUCUCUUAUUUCCCCUCAAAAUAAAAACGGAGAAUACAGA